AUGGUCCACGCUCGGGCGAAAUACGAUGGCAACUGCGCAAUCGAAGUGGCAAAACUGCAACACGAUUUCGGCCAAGCAAGGGAGAACGAACACGUAAUCGCUGAGCCAGUUUCAAAGGACGUGGAGCCAGAUCAUCCGGAAGAGUCGGCUGAGCCGGAUAACGUCGCGAAUGAAGAAGGCGAAAGGAAUGUUCCAGACGCAUUUCGAUCGGAAAUCCAGCGGUCGAGAUCUUCUUCUCCUUCCUCAAAUGCUUCUUCGAGCUCUUCUAGUUCUUCCAAAUAUUCCGAAUCUUCUGAUCGCGCUCAGCGAAAAUCGAUCGACGCCGCUUUUCCCGGAGAAGUAGUUUCUGACGAAGAUGGUCACAUGUUUGCACCUUCCUUCGGCGAAGAAGAAGCGGCUUCUGAUGCGGAACCGAGCGACAAAGUGUCGCACGAUGUCGCGUUCAAACCACGUCUCCUCGUUGAAAAAGAAGAAAAUCAAGAAGAACCAAGAAAUCAGGAAAGACAAUUUUCCCCGAAACCAGAAAAUGCUGGAGAAAAUGACGAGCCAAUCAGCGAAUUGACUACUAUCACCAGCCGUUCAUUUUCGCCAGUUCCGGCUUUUGGCGGCUCCCUCAAACGACGCAAGACGGAAAUCUCAGACGCGGAAGAACCGGAAACGAGCAAUGUCGAAUAUGCCCGAAUUCGACAAGUGCCCGAAGAGUCUAGCCCCCGACCGUUUGAAAGCAGUUUCAUUACGCAGAAACAGCCUUACGAGAUUGAUGUCAAUCGAGCCCUUCCGGCGGAGGAGACCAGUUUUAUUCAAGCAAACCCAAUUCUCGAUACAUCCUCGGCUGAGAUCAGAAAAUCUCCAGAAACAAUCAAACCUUCGGUGAAGUUUUCAACUCCUCCAAAACUCAGCAGCUCUUCAAACAGUAGCUCAAGCGACAGUAGCUCUUCUGAUGAAGAGAGAGAUUCGCCUGCGAUUGAAAAUGCGAAAGGAAUUGGACCGGUGGAGACGGAUGUUAUGGAAACUGAACCAAAAGUAAACAUUUCCGUGCGCCACCCGGGCCCUAUUGUCACUUCCUCCAACACUCCCCUGUUCGCGUCUGAACCGUCUUCAUUUGUCGAAAAACCAGUGUCGGAAAUGCUUCAACAAGAACCUUCUUCCCGGCGAGGAUCUCGAGGCCGGGAAAUUGACUCUCAGCCAUCUUACGAACCGAUUCGAAAAGAGUCCGAGGGAACUCGAAAUUUCCUCGUUUCUGGCUCCCCCUCUUCUCGCCGAAGCUCCCGUGGUCGGGAAAUUGACCCAGAGUCAUCAGUCCCGGCGGCGCGCUGGAACGUCCGGCCGGGAGCGGAACUGCCGCUCGAUGCUGGAUCGUCAGAGGAGGCUUCGCUCAAGAAUGAAGCGCUCGAAAAGGUAGCGAAAAAACGUAUCAGCCCGGAACUGCGAAUUGCUCCCGGCUCAGUUUUACGUGUUGAUCCGGAUCGAGUUAUGGACGUGACUGCUGAUUCGCUGCCGAUUGUUCAGCCACGUGAAACGGAAAAACAGUCCGGGCGAGCAGUAUCUUCCGAGGAGGAAAGAGACGCGCCCUUGUCGCCAUCUGAACGAAAACUGCGGAAUAUUUCGCGAAGCAGCUCUCGUGGAACUCUCGGAAGUCAGAACUCGAUCGAUUUGGACGGAGCAGAAAAACGAUCGCGGAAAAGCUCGUUGGACAACGUUAAUCAGGAACGAAGAGACUCUGAUGGCACUAGAAACUUCCUCGUUGCUGGAAAACCGCCGGUGAAAGAAGUGAAGCCAGAGGAAGCCGUCGUCCAGCUCCAGCCGGAGAUCGAGCGCAAACAAAUCGCUCAUCGGGGAUCAUCCUCCGAGCGUCCCGUGAACAACAGCAGUGGAUGCUCACGUUCCCCCGACGCAGCUUUGCAGAUCAACCCGAGAUCAGUUCCGGCGACAUACGAUCAAAAAACCAAUUUCGCCAAAUCUGGCGCUGGCCGUAAUCUACCGCGAGACGCAAAUACGAAAACGUCAACUCAUCCGUAUGAGACGGGCCGCAAGCCGCUGACCUGGGACGAUCUUUACCCAGAAGAUAAGCAACCGGCCAGUCACUUCUUGCCUGAAGAAGCUACUGUGCCUGUCCGACAGAAUAACCCGCUGGAAAAUGAUCUGUCACGCUCGAAAACGCCGGAUUCCGGCAUCAAGUCUCCUCGAUCGCGAGAAAUGAGCCCAAACUCGAUUGAAGUUGAUGAUACCCUUAAAAAAGACAGCACUUUCGAGUUUCGCGAAAACUCUCCACUUACUGGUGGCUCUUGCGAUUCUUGUGGCCGCGAUUUCGCGCAGUGCUCGGGCGGGCGUAUCACUCCGCGGCUUGAAUAUCUCGAGUCCCUGGCCCAGCUACUCAUCUCGAAAGCCGACGAAAUCAAGGCGACGCAGGCAGAACUCAGGGAAAUGGAGAAACUACUCAAAGAUCAUCAAAACAGGCUUCCAAGUUUUGCGUCACCAAAAUUUUUUCUUAAAAAAAUCGAUAACCAGUGGGGCACGCAGACUACUCCCUCGCUGGCUAGAAGAGCUCAUCUGCCACCAUUCGUGCCCCUGAAAAAGACAAUUUCAAAACUGGCAAUCGAAGAAGACGUCGGAAAAGCCGAAGCCGUAGCUAUUGAUUCAACUGACCAAGUGGUUGCUCGUAAGAAAAAGCGCUCCCUAUUCAGCUUCGGACGUAAGAAGGACAAAAAGAACAAGAGUCUCAAGGACAAGAAUCAGACGCUGUGA